CUUCCUACAUCAAUAGCAAUAGCGUGUACUGUAAUAGCUUACUUUUCUCUUACUAGUGCAUACGUGGCGAUUUGGUUGAGUCCCCGCUACAUUACCAGCUUCUUACAGCACUGGAUAAGUUCUCAGCGAUCCUUUUCAUAUUUAAAUAGCGCAGCCAUUACAAUUUGAGCUCCAAAAGCGAGCGAAUCAAAAAGCAAGUUUCGACAACUCAUUUCUCAUCGAAUCCAAUCCAAUCGAGAGCAAUGAAUAGAGUUUUUCCGGUCGACGAAAUCGCCGAUUCCUUCUGGUCCGGCACCGGCGGCAAUAUCAGCUCUGGUCCGAUGACCAGGAGCGAAUCCGAGUGGGCGUUGAUGAACUUUGUCGAGCAGUGCACGGAGUCAGAGAUUCCUCCUCCGGAGACUCCUGCUGCGAUCUCCGCUGAUGUGGUUUCGCCGGUGGAAUCGUCCUCGUCGAAACCAGACGAACUCGACGAACUCCUUCAUCUGCCGUCGAAUCCAUUUCCGAUGGCUGCCGUUGAUUCCGAUGAGUACCGCGCAUUUCUCAAAAGCAAGCUGGACCUCGCUUGCGCCGCCGUGGCUCAAAGAGGAUCGAAUUCAAAGCCUGAAGAAACUGGUAAUGUAGCGGAGACUCCAGCAAAGCGGCCAAAUCCGUCUCAAUUGGGAUCUGAACCUAAUGGUAUUGGUCAUGGUUUCCCUAUUGUACAAAUUGAGGCUGAUGGUGGACCUCUUGGAAAUCCAGCAUUACCUCCUUUGCAAAGAAGAUCAGAACCUCAAGUCAUACAAGCAACUAGUGGAUCAUCAAGAGAUGAUUCAGAUGAUGAUGAAUUUGAGGGAGAAUUGGAGAUCACUGAGAAUAUGGAUCCUGCUGAUGCAAAGCGUGCCCGGAGGAUGCUGUCAAAUCGAGAAUCAGCUAGACGCUCAAGACGAAGAAAACAAGCACAGAUGAGUGAACUUGAGACACAGGUUGGUCAUCUUAGGGUUGAACACUCUACGUUAUCAAAGCGUCUCUCUGAGAUGGAAAAUAAGUGUGGCACAUCUGGUUCUGACAACAGAAUUUUAAAAGCUGAAAUUGAGUCCAUGAGAGCACAGGUGAAGAUGGCUGAAGAACAAAUUAAGCGAGUGACAGGGCUCCACCCACUGUUGCUAGCGAUGGCUAACAUACCUGGUGCAGGAAUGCCAUUUGUCAACAAUAGCCCGGUACAUGCAUCUACAAAUGCUUCUUUACCCAUUCCACCAAACCUCAACCACAACCAAUUCUUUCACCAGCCGCCGGUUCCUACAGUUGGCAAUAGUGGUCCACAUCCCCAGAGAUUAGACAAUAAUUUUGCCACUGACCCCUUAAUCCCUCUUAUGGGAAACCAACAUAAAGAUAUUGGGGGAAGCAGAGUCGCUGAAAUGUCUUCUGUGCAGCACACAACUGGCGUGCAACAAGUGCAAAAGCAGAUUUCCCCAAACACUGGUUCGGAUGGGGCCAUGCCUGGUUGGGACAAUGAGCUUUCUCGUGCAGUUGCAAACAAUAACCAGCAGAAUAAGUAUUAGUUCAGAUUAUAUGUGAAUAUUGAUUCAACUGCAUCUUUCUUGUUAUUAUUAUGAUUUAGUUUAUUCACUAUUGGUUAAUUUGGAUGGGAGUACUUAAAUAAUAGGCUUUACAUUUCAGUUUCUAGUUUAAAUAACUUGAAAUUUA